AUGGAUAGCUUUAAUCAAACAGUUGGCUUGGCUGGGUCGAGCCACACCAAUCAAGUUUACAACUUUCUAACAUCAAAUAAGCAAAUUAACUACGUUUAUCAAUUAUAUUUGUCAGCUUCAUGGGUUCAAAUCGUCAUUGCAUCUGUUGUAUUAGUCUUAUCAUAUGAUCAAAUCAAGUAUCAGUUAAACAAAGGUUCAAUUGCUGGUCCCAAAUUGAAAAUCUGGCCGAUUAUUGGUCCAUUUUUGGAAUCAUUGGACCCUAAGUUUGAAGAGUACAAGGCUAAAUGGGAUAGUGGUGCUUUGAGUUGUGUUUCCAUCUUUCACAAGUUUGUUGUUAUUGCGUCGACAAGAGACUUGGCUAGAAAGAUUUUGUCGUCACCAAAAUAUGUCAAACCUUGUGUUGUUGAUGUUGCAAUCAAGAUUUUAAGACCAACCAAUUGGGUUUUCCUUGAUGGUAAGGAACAUACUGAUUAUCGUAGAUCAUUAAAUGGUCUUUUUUCACAAAAGGCAUUGGAAGUUUAUAUUCCAGUUCAAGAGAAAUAUAUGGAUAUCUAUCUUGAAAAAUAUUUAAACUACAAUGGUCCCAGAAAAUUCUUUCCCGAAUUUAGAGAAUUACUUUGUGCUUUAUCAUUGAGGACAUUUUGUGGUGACUACAUCACUGAAGAUCAAAUUUCAUUAAUUGCUGAUAAUUAUUUUAGAAUCACUGCGGCUUUGGAAUUGGUUAAUUUCCCCAUUAUUAUCCCAUACACCAAGACCUGGUACGGUAAAAAGAUUGCUGAUGAUACCAUGAAGAUUUUUGAAAAAUGCGCCUCCAUGGCAAAAGAACAUAUUGGCCACGGUGGUAAACCAACUUGUGUUAUGGAUGAAUGGAUUUACUUGAUGAAGGAAGCUAAAGAUAAACAUUUGGAUGAUCCUGAAUCAAAGUUGUUGAUUAGAGAGUUUUCCAAUAGAGAAAUUAGUGAAACUAUUUUCACCUUUUUAUUUGCCAGUCAAGACGCUUCCAGUUCGUUGGCAUGUUGGCUUUUCCAAAUUGUUGCUGAUAGACCAGAUGUUGUUGAAAAGAUUAGAGAAGAACAAUCGAGAGUAAGAAAUGGCGACAUUAAUGUCAAAUUGGAUUUGGAAUUGAUUCAAAAAAUGAAGUACACCAACAAUACCGUUAGAGAAACACUUAGAUACAGACCACCAGUCUUGAUGGUGCCAUACGUUGUUAAAAAAAACUUUCCAAUAACUGAUUCUUAUACAGCCCCAAAAGGUUCAAUGGUCAUCCCUACAUUAUAUCCUGCAUUACAUGAUCCUGAAGUUUUCGAAGAUGCCGAAAGUUUUAUUCCUGAGCGUUGGGAAAACCCUACUGGGGACAUGGACAAACGUAACUGGUUACCUUUCGGUGUUGGACCUCAUGUUUGUCUUGGUCAAAAGUACGUUUUGAUGUUGUUCACUGGUAUGCUUGGUAAAUUCCUUAUGGGAGCUGACUUGGUGCACCACAAGACUGAUUUGAGUGAGGAAAUUAAAGUGUUUGCUACCAUUUUCCCAAAGGAUGACUUGAUUCUUGAGUUCAGGAGGAGAGAGACUGUUUAA